AUGGAUAUAGACGCAAGCAGCAGCAGUGGCGUAAGCGCCCCAUCGCCGGAUCGCUUUCCGGAUGGGAGAGCCAGUAGUGUCAGUCUGGACGAUCCGGAUGUACGCAUGGCGGCUGAAGCUUUAGGUGACUUGAGAGCGGAUUUCGUAUCCUCUCCCCCGAAUAAUCAUGUUCCUAUUCCCGGAUCUCCACGCUCGCAAACGAACCGUACUCGUCCGGAACCCCUCAUCUCGUUAUUAACUACUUCGCACCCUCUCCUAGCUACGACUAUCGAAGGAGCCACUUCCGCCUAUGUUAAUUCAAAGAACUACUCGCCAAGAUUCAAGUCGAGCGCCGAGUAUGUCGAGGGUUACGUGAUCCCUAUCGCUAACACUGUAGGGUCUGUCGGUCGUGUAACCGGUGUGGAGGGCAGCGUUCGAUGGUUCCUGAGUGGUGGAAGGAGGCACAAGUCUCAGAGCUCUGACCUCGAAGCCACGGAUUCGGGUUCUAACAAACGCCGAAGAGUUGACGGGACCGGUACAUUCAAAGAACCCACCCCAGAGCUCGCGUCCGGCGUACAAACACCGAGGGCGUCAUUAGACCAUUCGCGCGAUCGUCGACUUUCGGUCGCAAGCACCGUGGACACCUUACCAGCAUAUGACGAUCUUCGAUCUCCACCUUAUGCCGAACAUUUUACGCCAUCCGAGUCACGCCCAAAUAGCGCGGCAUGGCAAUCCCGUCUUAUCAUGUCUACGUCAGGAUUAAGUAUCGCUAUGAGCGAAGAGAGCUUGCGCAGCCUUAAGUAUUGUCUGAGCUGGCUACGCUGGGCCAACGCACGCAUUGGUAACGUCAUCAACUCUCUGAAAUCCACCAUGGAGAAGUACGAAAAGGCCGAAUCUAGACAAUCAGACGGCGAUCAUUCCAUGGGCGGUACAUCAACUGAGGAUUUCGUCGACAGAAACCAGCUCGCAGCGAAGAUUGCAGACCUCAGGAUGGACGUGCUCAGGACUCUUCAGGAUGCUAUCAACACAGUCAGCAGGUAUGCCGGCGGUGCUCUACCAGAGAAUGCGCGAGAGCUUGUUCGACGUCACUUAACGAGCCUGCCCCAAAGAUUCCGAGCUGCAAGCAUGGCCGGCGAUGGUCAACAAGACGGCCGCCGCCCCGAGGUUGAUGGAGAGGCAGGUCGAGAAGCACAAGAGAAGGAGACGCGAGAGAGUGCUCAACGGGUGUUGGUCCUCGCCAAGGAGGGACUUGAUAUGAUGUACCAAGUAUCAGGGGUUCUCGACGGCACUAUCACCAGUGCUGAAGAAUGGUGUGAGAGGUUAGGCAGGAGGAAGCGAGAGCAGCGAGAAAGUCUGUUUGGAGCGCCUCAAGUACCGCAGGCGCCUUUGGAUGAGGUCAAGAUCGGGUGA